CUUCGUGCUUACGUGAUAAGUUAACUGCUACCAACCAAGCAGCGACGAAAGAUGUCAAAUUUGACAACUAUAUCGUUAACUGACGUUUAGAUUCUUUAAACGUUCAAUUGAGUUUUUCUUCAAUCAUAUUAUCGAAGAUGAAUACCUAUUUAUAUUGUUAUCGCCAUCACUGUCUCUUGUGUGUCGUCACGAUAAUAUUAGCCAAUAAUUGUGGAGUACUUUCUUAACAAUGCUUCGACGUAACCUCACCGAUAACUGUCAAACUGUUGCAAAGGGGACGAGAAAUUAACGAAAAAUUCAUUUGUCUCGCAAAUCGAGACGAUUAUUCAGGAAGUCGUUUUUCCAUCGAUGUCUACGUGGAUACGUAAACGAAUGUCAAUUUACUGCGACCAUAAAUGGCAUUGCGAAAUAUGAACUCGGGCAAUAUAUUUUAUAUGCCCUUAACAUCAUUUGCAGAAAUGUGGUAUCAAAUAUUUUUAUGGGCCCUAUUUUCUUCGAUAUUCGUACAUACAAUUGCUGGAGCAAUUUGUUUUGCUACUUUAAGACAGCACAAAUACGGCAAAUUCUUUCCACUGCUUAUUAUAAUAAUGGGUGUGCUGUUGCCAUUGACAUCAGGAGUUGUCAGCUCAGCAGCAAUUGCCUUUGUAUAUAGAGCAUCCAGUUAUCAAAUGCCACCUUUGUACGCAUUGUUUUGGGGUAUUGGGCAAACUGUGGUAGCAGCGUGUGUUGGAUUCACUCGAAUUUUAGCAACUUUGUAACCUAGGAACUGCAUUUGUGAUAUUUAUGUGUAUAUAUACAUGAGAAUGAUGAUCAAGUGUCUUCUAAGUUAUACAUACAUACAUACAUAUAUAUAUAUAUAUAUAUAUGAACCUCUGUACAUACAUAGGUAAGUUUAUCAUUGUAGAUAUUUAGUUACAUCACUAUCUAUUAAUGGAUUGACUAUAAAAAUGAUAAAAUGUAAAAGAUGUUGAAGAAAUACGUAUUAGGAGGAUUUUGUAACAGGAGACAGAUGCAUUUAUUGAACAUUAUGAUGAGGAAAUAUGACGAUAUCAAUAAAUUAAUUCUUAAUUAGAAAA